AUGCGGGAUGCAAAGUGGGACAUUGUGCAUGAAAGUUCUACUCACGGGUGUUCACCUAUUGUUUAGCAGGCAGCUCUGCCCAGGAGGGCCGACCCCACUGAGCUGAAAGCCAUUUUUGAAAAGUACGCCAGCGUCAGGGAGAAUGACGAGCGUUUCACGUCGCCAGAGGACUUUGUGGGCCGUUUCCUCCGCGCCCACACACACAUCCAGCUGUCGGACGAGGCCACAAGGCUGCUGGCCGGAGUGGUGGAUCAGAAGAAAGAUGGGUCAGGUGAUGGCGCUGACGGGGGUCCGCUCGGCGGUGGCCCCGUGGACCACGGGCCACCGCAGUUGAUGGAGUUUGUCGCGUUCGAGUCGGUGCUGUGUGACCCGGACUCCCUCUUCAUGGUGGCCUUCCUUCUCUUCGAUUAAGCGGGCAGCGGGAUGACCACCUUUGAGGACGUGAAGCACGUCUACAGCCAGACCACCAUCCACCAGCACAUCCCCUUCAACUGGGACUGUGAGUUGUACCGGAGGGGGAGGGACAGGCAGCUCAGCUACACACAGUUCACCCAGUUUCUCCUGGAGAUGCAGCUGGAAGACGCGCAGCAGGCUUUCAUCCAGCGGGACCGAGCCCUGGACUUCAGGGACAUGAUGGUCACCGUCCGGCCGCACAUGCUCACAUCCUCUGUGGAGGAAUGCCUCGUGGCGGUGGGUUUUUCGCUGUCCCACCAGGUCAGCUUUUCCUACUUCAACGGCUUCAACUCACUCCUCAACAACGUGGAGCUGAUGAGGGAGACCUGCAGCAGAGAUGUGCGAGUCACCAAAGAUGUGCUGGUUUUAGUGGACAUUGAGCAGAUCGCUCCGCUGGAGGAAGGCACGCUUCCCUACAACUUGGCCGAGGUCCAGAGACAGCAGUUGGGCAUCGGCGCCCCCCGCCCCGUCCUGGUCCAGGUGGCGGAGUCGGCCUACAGGUUCACCCUUGGCUCGGCGGCAGGGGCUGUGGGUGCCACAGCAGUGUACCCCAUUGAUCUGGUGAAGACACGCAUGCAAAACCAGAGGACCAGUGGCUCCCUGGUGGGAGAGCUCAUGUCCAAAAACAGCUCCGAUGGCUUCAAGAAAGUGGUGCGCUACGAGAGCGUUUCCGAGGUCAGUGUGCACGAGGGGACAAAUUUAGACCUCACCCGGGGUCUUGUACCACAGCUACUGGGUGUGGCGCCCGAGAAAGCCAUAAAGCUCACAAUGAAUGACUUUGUGGAAGGAAAGACCAGGCAGAGAGAUGGAAACGUCCCGUUAGCAGCUGAGAUCGUGGCCGGUGGAUGUGCCGGUGGCUCCCAGGUGAUCUUGACCAACCCGCCGGAGACUGUAAAGAUCCGUCUGCAGGUGGCAGGAGAGAUCACGGCGGGGCCGAGGGUCAGCGCCCUGUCCGUCAUCAGGGACCUCGGCUUCUUUGGGCGGUACGAGGGUUCCAAGGCCUGUUUCCUGAGGGACAUCCCCUUCUCACCCUGCUACGCCCACCUGAAGGCUCACCUCAGUGAGGAGGACGGCGGGAUAGGACCGGCCAAGAUGCUGUCUGCUGGAGCCACUGCAGGCAUGCCAGCAGCCUCUCUUGUGACCCCCGGCGGACGUUCAAGAGCCAGGCUACAGGUGGCGGCACGUGCCGGUCAAACCACCUACAGCGGCCGGGUGGACUGUUUCUGGAAGGUUCUGAGAGAAGAAGGGCCCCGGGCUUUCUGGAAAGGAGCUGGAGCUCGUGUGUUCAGAUCCUCGCCUCAGUUUGGAGUGACCGUGGUGACCUAUGACCUCCUGCAGCGCUGGUUCUACGUCGACUUUGGAGGACGAAGGCCGGCUGGCUCGGAGCCCACCCCGAAGUCUCGGAUCCGCCUGUGGGCGCCAAACCCCGCCCACACGGGGGGCCUCAGGUCGGCCGUGGCCACGUUCGCAGGCAUCGGGAGCAGGUUUGGUCUCCCACGCUGCUCAGUGGCGACGGCGGCAGAGGCCCCCGCCGGUGUAAACCCACCCCCCCCCCCCCUCAACCUCCGUGGUUCAAGGGAGCAGGGGUGA